ACUGACUCACCUGUCUCACCUGAACAGGUCACAGUGGUAGAAAUACUGAAGUAUGACUGAAGUAUCUGUCCUGUACCUGAGUUGUUUUUGUUGUACACACAAUUAUUUUGCACAAGCUGCUGUUCCAUUGGACAAAGUACUCAUAACAGUUUUCUUCAGCAAAAGUACAAGUACCACAGUGUAAAAAUACUCUGCCAGCCAGCAAAAUGUACUUCAAAGUAUUUAAAGUAAAAGUACUGAGUUUAAAUACCUCAGAGUACGUAAUGCACGUCACAUGAGACUGAAUACAGUAAUACACUGUGGAAUAAAGCCGACUGAUGAAAUGCAAAGUGUCACAUUGAAUGGAGCUGCGGUCGCUCAGAUGCUUCAGCGUUUUGCUUUUCAUUUGUCAGUCAGCAGAAUUAAAGCUGAACUCGAUUCCGUUUAUGUGCUGCUUGAUUUUCUGCCACUGCGAUAAAAAUCUGGUCUGGUUUUCCUGCAGUUUCAGAAUCUCCUCCGGACUCCGGUUUGGUUUUCAGUCUGCUCGUCCGUUUGCUCUUCAGAGUUUAAUUUUAAUGAGUGAUGCUUUCAGGGGAACAAACCACGAGAGCAGCUGGUCCAUAAAGAGCUUCCACUCGUCAUGCGUCUUUGCCUUGAGUCCAGCUCGUCGGACUUGUGCUUCAUCAUGCUAUUACCGCUUCCUCCCUACACAUUGGCGUGUGUGUAAUGGCUUGAAUGGAGGUUCAAGGCCAUGAGCGCAGUCUAAUGGGUUUAUAUUUACCUGCUCGCCUCCAGAAGCUGUUCAGAUUGUUCCAUUAGGAAAACAAAAAGCAGCAGCCCUUCAGAGAAAUGACUUAAUGACUUUACUGUGACUGAAGGACUGAAGCUUCAGCUGAGCUGCACAAACAGCCGUCACACAAAACAGUUUGGAUCAUCCAGCCAAAGCACUGCGGCAGGCUUCAUGUGAAACACUCAGACUGCGCUCACAUGACAGGAAAUCAAAUAAAAAGAGUUUUUAUCUCCUGCUGCCUUCACGUGUUUUACACCUGAACACCACAAAGAGUCACGAGACAACACAAAACCAUGAUGAUCUAGGAUGAAUGAAGAUCAGAGAAUCCAAUGAGACCACAGGACGUGUUGGACACAAGAAGAGCCCUGAAGAGCCUCUGAGUCCACCGGGAAGCUCCGAGUCUCCUUAAAGGAAACGUUUCAGUGGAGGUGAAGCCUCAGAGCGGCUCCUGGUGGAUGUGGAGCCCUCAGGAAAAGCUCAGGAGGUUAUUGGUGGACAAAGAGCUUUAAAGUUAUUGUCUGGUGGACAAGAACCAGAUCCAGAUCUUAGUGUGGACAUUCAGGCCCUUUAAGCUUCUUUGUGGACGUGGAGCGUUUAGGAGGCUCUCGUGGCAGACAAGCAGAUCCAGGAGGAGAGUGGACGUUUAUUGGCGUCAAAUGAGAUAAACCCCGCGCACGGCGCCGUUAGUCUCAGCGUGGCUGCAGACAAAAGGAAGGAGCUGCAGCAGGUGUGAGCGUCCACCCUCACCCACAGGUGUGAGUCCCGUCCCUCCAAUGACGCCAUGUCGGCGUGGUGUUGAUCCACCGACCUGCCAGCUGACAUUUAAACUGAGGGCAGCAACGCCUUCAUUUGUUUUAGUUUACUCACACUUUUGUCUCAGCCGGUUCACAGGUGGUUUCCUGUCCGCCGGCAGGUGAACCGCAAUUCACACACUUCACACACCUUCACAGUGAACAGACUGGAGGACAGACAAAAAGUCCAAACUCAAAGUGAGCAAAUGGACAUUUUCACUGUGUGUGUGUGUGUGUGUGUGUGUGGGAGGAGGAAGAGGAAGAAGAGGGGGGAGGCGCAUCUCCGUGUGUUUAUGAGCAUGAAUGAACGUUAGUGAUGACAUCGUUACUUCUGUGUGUGUGUGUGUGCGUGUGCACAUGAGCGUGUGUGUGUGUCCUUGGCUGACAGACUAUAAAAGUCGUCCUCCACGUUGGAGCAACAGAAGAGGACAGAAACGAAAGAAAUCUCCAUCAACGGCCAAACGACAGGACGACUCGAGCAACGAGAGAAAGAAGAAGAGAGACGGACAGUGUGGUGAGAACCUGCGCCUUCAUCAUCCUCAGCAUCAUCAUCAGCAUCAUUAACAGCAUCAUCAUCCUCAUCAUCAUCAGCAGCAGUAGUACUAGCAGCAGUACCAGUAGUACCAGUAGUAGUAGUAGUAGUAGUGGUAGUAGUAGAAACCAUCUAACGAUAAUUUUAAGUUAAAAAGUAAGAAGUUUGGAGUCAUAAAUCAGACGUGAAACUCAAAAGAGAAAAACAUCCUCUACAUCACCGUACUUCAGUUAUGAGCCCGUUUGACUUGUGUUAUAUUACGUGAUAGUUUGUUGUACAUGUUUUUGUACAAAUGUUACAUGAGUGAAUAUAAAAACAGCUUUUAGAAACACAAAGACGUGUCGCACCAGAAACGUAAAAGGAUGUAAAAACUGCUGCUGCUGAAAUCAAGGUGAAGUAAAUCUUGAUAGUAUUUAAAGAAUUCUGAUUCUGAUCUGAUUUAAUCAUAUUUAUAGCAUGAAGUAUUUGAUGUUUGUAUGGUUUGUGUACUUGUACCUUAAUUACAUGUGUCCCACUGCAGACUGAAGUACAUCGUGUACGCUGCCACCUGUCCUGCCCGAUGUGUCUGAUGUGUUCUUGUCUCCGAUUGGCCGGCAGGAGCAUGUGUCCUGUGUGGCUAUUGGUGGCUGUGGCGGCGGUGGGCGUGGCCAGAGGAGUGGCCGCUCGGUGCUGGGAGCAUCGGAGCUGCCAGGAGUUCAGCUCUGAGAGCAGCGUGAUGGAGUGCAUCCGGCUCUGUCGCUCCGACCUCACCGCUGAAACGCCCGUCGCCCCAGGCAACGCCCACCUACAACCUCUGCCUCCACCUGACCCCUCCUCCUCGUCUCCUCAGGCCAAGCGCUCCUACUCCAUGGAGCAUUUCCGCUGGGGGAAGCCCGUCGGCCGAAAGCGUCGCCCAGUCAAGGUCUACACCUCCAACGGCGUGGAGGAGGAGUCCGCCGAGGUCUUCCCCGGAGAGAUGAGGAGGAGGGAGCUGGCCAGUGAGCUGCUGGCGGCGGCGGAGGAGGAGGAGGAGAAGGUGCAGGAGUCAGCAGGGGAGGUGGAGGAGGAGCAGCAGCAGCUUCUGGGGGACGUCCAGAAGAAGAAAGACGACUCGUACAAGAUGAAACACUUCCGCUGGGGCGGCACGCCGGCCAGCAAACGCUACGGCGGCUUCAUGAAGAGCUGGGACGAACGCAGCCAGAAGCCGCUGCUCACGCUCUUCAAAAACAUCAUCAACAAAGACGGACAACAGCAGAAGUGAGACGAAGACGGAGGAGGGACACCACGUCUCCCACAGCUGACAGUCAGACACAUCAGUGACCAAUGAAAAGACACCUCUGUCUGUGACUCGACCCUGAAGCUUCUGAUAUUUACUCAUUCAUGUAAAUAACUGGAAAUGAGAAUAUAAACACAAGUUUGCAAGCAAAGGAAGACGCGUGUUUGUUCUGUCACACAACCUAAAGUCUCACACAGCCUCACAAACCGUCCUCACCAGGCCCAC